AUGGAAUCAGAUGACUCCUCAUGCGUGAGACAACUUCCUACCGGCAAGAAACGGAUUCCAAAAGCAUGCAGUGCUUGUCGACAGUCGAAGGUGCGGUGUGAUGGGAAACGGCCCUGCUCGAGGUGCAAGCGAUCAUAUAAACAAUGCAUCUUCUACGAAGUUCCUAAAGAUCCCACCACCGAGAGACUGGAGAACGUCGAAUCUGAAGUGCAACGUCUCCGUGCACAGAUAGAAGCCAUGGGCGAGAUUUUUCGUCUCUCCACGCAGCAAUUGCCACCAGAAGGUCUCGGGCAAGUGCAGCACGCUCAGGGCCAAUUCGUGGAUCAGCAUCGUGCAUACCCCGCCGAAGCACCUUUCCUGACUUCGAAUCAUGCGGCUUCUCAUUCAGGAGGCAUGUCCAUGCUUUCCGCCGCGGCGACUUCUGCUCUCAAUUCCGAGAGGGGAUCCGAGUUGCAUCCACAAAGAGGAUUGCCCUCCUCGUCGCAGAUUCGAUCCGCGAUGGACGAGGAGACAGUUCGUCCGGUCAAACGGAAGCGCUCUGGAUUUGAGGUUAAGGAAGAGCCCAUCUCGGACUUCGUAUCUCAGGGCUUGAUGACUGCUGAUCAAGCUGUCGCUUGUUUCAGAACGUUCUUCCAGGGCUGCGAUAGGUACAUCCCGAUUUUCGAUCCGGAGGUCGACACCUUCACCUCGGUACGCUCUCGCAGCAGCAUACUGCUGAACGCGAUUUGCACGAUUGGCAGCCGUGUUGGAAGGAGCCCCGGAUCUCAAUUUCCCGAUCUGCUGCAUGCGGAACUCAAGAAAUGGAUUGGCAUUGUGAUCCAAAACAAGAAUCUGAACUGCCUGGAGUCGGUGCAGGCGCUGCUCAUCGUCGCGUGCUACACCGCCGAACGCUCGCUGAUGCUAUCCUUUGCUACCAGAAUGGCGUUGGACCUUGGUCUGGAUGAAGCGUUCGAAGAGCUGAUCCAGCUAUUAACGUUGAAGAGGACUAGUGACCCGUUGAGAAUUCCCGGUGAUAGCGUGGAAGCACAGGUGCGCUGUUUGAUGCGGAAGUCCAGGACAUGGUUUGGGCUCCUGGUUCUGGAUCACAUAUUUCAUGUCGACGGCGGCAAGCCACCUGGGAUACGAAUGAUGGGAAAUGCUCGGCGAUGCCGAAUCCUGCUACAUCAUCCUUCGUCGACAGUAUUAGAUAUGCGUCUUUUCUCUCAGGUUGAGUUGAACGUUAUUCGAGCCAACAUCAACGACACACUAGACAUCCGAGACAGUCUGACUCGAGAAGCAAUUGCUGAGUUUGUACACGAGGUCAAGGUCGACCUUCAUCUCUGGUUUGAUGACUGGCAGCGCAUCAUCGUCAACUCCCAGACAGCCCAAGACGAACGACCAUUCCUACUGGCCGCACUGAGUGUCCAACACUGCUGGGCCGAACUCAUCCUCCACUGCAAAGCGCUGCGCUCCAUGGGCGUGGAGAACGUAGCAGCAAUCGCCCCUGUAGAGCUUAACAUCCUGAGCCUCGCCAAAUCCGCCGCCCGCCAACAUCUCCGCCUCAUCAGCCUCGAGCCCGCCCACUACCUCGCCAAGCUCAAAUACGCCAUGGAUUUUGUCUGGGCCAAAUGCGCCUUCUGCUUCCUGCUGCUGCUGAAACUCUCCCGCCUCCUCCCCGAACAGCGGGACGAACACGAGGAGCUGCUGCAGCUCGGAAACAAGCUCCUGUGGGAGUUGACCCGAGCGCCCGCGGUUCAGUGCCUGGCAUCAGGAACAGGUACAGGGUUGGGGAACGUCUACAUGCAUAUCCUCCGCUUGAGCAUCGAGAAAUACAGCCGCAUAUUUCAGGGACAGCAGCGGGGGGAGAGGGGGGCAAAACAAACCUCUUCUUCCUUCUGGGACCUGUUCGACGCGCAGGUCGAUCUGCAGUCGUUCGUGCCGGAACAGUUUGUGCGCGACUGGAAUUUCCCCGGGCUGAACCUGUUCUAUUUCCCGACGGCGUGGCAGGAUUUCUUUGGGGACUUUUCGUUGGGGUUUGGAAGCUGA